GGCGGCUCUAUCACAGAGCAGAACAGGCACGCGGAAGAUUUGGAGCCAACAGCGAGCCUCCCUACAAGCCGUAUGCAGCAUUGACCGCGACAUCUCCAGCCUCUCAGACUCCUGCCACAUCUAGAUGAAUACGAGAAAUUUUUCAGGAUGUGAGGAUGGUAAUGAAUGAUAUUUGCGAAGCUUGUCUACCCCGCACAGACUUGUAGGAAGAAUAUAAAGAAGCAGUGGCACGUCGAGCGGAUAUAAUUUUCGUUCGAUGAACCCAGGUCAGAAGAAGGCCAAUCUUCAUCUACUUCACUUGUAGCUUCUGGAGAGAAAUCAGUGUUUUAUCGCGUGGGCCAAGAUGUCCCUUCCUGCAACUUUCAAGCAAGCGGUGUUCCGCUCCGCCGGAUCGCCGCUCGUCAUUGAAGAGAGCCCCCUCACACCGCCAGGCGACCGCCAGCUCCUUGUCAAGGUAGAGGCUUGUGGCGUUUGCUCGUCGGAUCGAUGGGCGCAAAAUAAUGUCAUGGGCGGCGGCUUUCCCAUCGUUCCUGGCCAUGAAAUCAUCGGGCGCGUCGCUGGUCUCGGUAGCGGCGUCUCCAACUGGAAAGUCGGGGAUCGGGUUGGCGGUGGCUGGCAUGGGGGUCAUGACGGUACCUGCAGAGCCUGUGACAAGGGCUUUUUCCAGAUGUGCUCUGCCCAACAGGUGAAUGGGGAGACUAAGAAUGGUGGCUACGCUGAAUACUGUCUCCUCAACGUCGAAGCUGCGGUCCGGGUGCCCGAGCACGUCUCCGCUGCAAAAUACGCCCCCAUCCUCUGCGCCGGUGUCACCGUCUUCAACUCCCUUCGUCAUAUGAGUAUCACACCCGGGGAGAUCGUCGCUGUGCAAGGGCUGGGCGGACUGGGCCAUCUGGCCAUUCAGUAUGCGCGGAAGAUGGGGUAUCGAGUUGUAGCCAUCUCGCGGGACUCGAAGAAGGAGAAGAUGGUCCGGGAGCUCGGCGCGCACGAGUAUAUCGACGAGAGCAAGGUGAAUGUGAGCGAGGAGUUGCAGCGGCUGGGUGGAGCCUCUUUGGUCAUGUCGACUGCACCAAAUGCGGCGAUUAUCAGUCCUUUGUUGAAGGGUUUGGGAGUUUUGGGAAAGUUGUUGAUCUUGUCGGUGCCGGGUCCGGUACCGGUGGACACCUCAAUCAUGGUCGGUAAAGGACUUUCAGUACAGGUUUGGCCGUCAGGUCAUGCAACUGACAGCGAGGAUGCUAUUGCCUUCACCGAAUUGCAGGAUAUCAACUGCAUGGUGGAGGAGUUUCCGCUGGAUGAGGCCAAUGAGGCCUAUGAUGCCAUGGUGAAAGGAACCGUCAGAUUUCGCGCAGUUUUGACGAUGAACUAGGCCCUCUACUGUAAUCCUCUGAGCGGUAACAGGAACCAGCAGGAACCAGGUGCCUGAGCCAACUUUUCCGAGUAUUCACUCUGUCUCAGCCUGGAUCCUUGUGAGUUUAAUAGUCUAUCACGCCCAGGAAGUGAAAUGCUUGCUGGGAUUGUCUUUUUAAUUCUCUAAGGCGAAAAAAUACUGCACGAGUCAGCGACAUUCUCAGAACUAGCCGUGCGUUCGCAGAAUGUUACAGACCAG